GUCCGUAUUCCACGCCUCAUUUUCAUAUCCAACCCCGCCACCCCUAUAAAAACACCCACUCUGUUUCGACGCUAUUAAUACCAGUAGCCAGUAUACCAUUGCCAUCGCGGGCUCACCACACCUAGUAGCAUUAGAGUGAAAAUGGCCGUGAACUUCUCUUUCUCUCUCCUCCUCCUCGCUCUCUUCCUCUCUCUCUCCUCACAAACACAUUCCGCCGGACCAAACAAACCAAGAGACGACCUGGUCCGGUCAUCGUGCGUCCACGCCAGCUACCCGGACAUAUGCCUCCGAACCCUCUCCUCCUAUGAUGGCCCAGCCAACACCCCAAGAGACCUAGCCCAGGCCGCCGUCAAAGUCAGCCUCACCCGAGCCCGUAAAGUCUCCGGCUACUUAACCACCGUGCGGAGCGGGAGCAAGAGGGAGCAAUCGGCGCUGAGGGACUGCGUCGACCAGGUGGGUGACUCGGUGGACGAGCUGAGCAAGACGCUGUCGGAGCUCCAGCACAUCCGCACCGGAGGCGGCGGCGCCACGUUCCGGUGGCAGAUGAGCAACGCCGAGACGUGGGUGAGCGCCGCCCUGACGAACGAGGACACGUGCCUCGAUGGGUUUCGAGAGAUCGAUGGGAAAGUUAGGGUUGAUGUGAGGAGGAAGAUCACCAAUGUGGCUAGAGUUACCAGUAACGCGCUGUACCUGAUCAAUCGCCUCGACCAGACUCGGGGCUAGAUCUCUGUUUCUAUCUCGUCCUUGAAAAACAGAGAUCUAGACAUUUCUAUCUUUAUAUCUAUUAUAGUUUACCAGUGCCUAGUACUAUAUCUAGGAUUUCUGUGCACCACCGUGUGUAGACCAGUGAGUUUUCUUUUCUUUUCAUUUUUUUUUUUUGUUCUUGCAGCUGUGCAUAUGAUCCUACUUUAAUUAUGAAUGUUAAUGAGUUUCUUCUGAAAA